GACGAUAAAUAAAAAAAAAAUUCGACGUUUAAUUAAUAUGUAACAUAACAGCUACGCUACGACGUUUAAAUAAAAUUCCAAAUUUCCAAAUUGUGCCGUGCUUGUGCUUGCAAAUACAUAGACUGUGCUGAGCCACAGUCCAGCACGGUUGGCCGUCCAAGUUGAAAGUUUUGUGGAAAGGGAGCAAGGAAAGUGAGAGACAGAAGAAAGAAGUCCAUAAAGAGCUACAGCUACUUCGUUGUCGCGCAAAAGAUGUGCGAUACCAGCGACAAGGCGCAGAAAUGGAAAUGUGAAAUUUGCACCUAUGAGAACUAUCCAUCCUCACUAAAAUGCACAAUGUGCCAGGCGUCCAAGCCGUUGCUGAACGAGGAUAUCUUUCGUCUGAGUCCAGCGCAGAACACGCCACCAACAAUACACGACAACUACAUUGCAGAGGAGGCGGCAGCUGGUCUGCCCGUCGAGCCAACAUCAACGUGCUUUGCCCAGCAACCGCAACCGCAACAAGCACAGCAACAGCCACAACAGCAACCGCAACAGCAACAGCCAAGACAGAGCAAUGUAGCUGACAGCGAGAAAUGGGCCUGUAAGGUCUGCACCUAUCUGAAUUGGCCGCGCAGCCUGCGUUGCGUUCAGUGCUGCACCAAACGUGGUGGCGCAGCCAUGGAGUAUGCUGGCAUGUCAGCGAUAACUGCCGAUAAGGAUUCCAACGACUGCGUGGAUCGAGCUGGCGAGGCGCUGCAGGCAUUGCGAAUCAGUGGCUCCGACACUGAGCUUAAUGCUCGUGGCGGUUGCCAAGCUGAUUCAACUGAGAGCAGUAAUCGGCAGCUUAUUGGCGCAGCUGCUUCCAACUCGAAUCGACGCAACCUCAGUCCGAGCAUUGAUCAGCAAAUCUGCAGUAAUUCCACACAUCUCAAUAAUCUAGCAAACACAUCUCACAGCCAGCAGCAGCAGCAACAGCUGACUAAUCAACACCAACAGCAGCAGAACACUUCAUCGUCCGGAGCGCUGCAGCAGAAGCACUGCUUUGUGGCCAAAUGGGCCUGCAACUCUUGCACGUACGAAAACUGGCCGAAAAGCCUGAAGUGCUCUAUGUGUGGCAAGACUCGAGAGAUUUGCGGAUCAGGAUCGCAGGGAGAUUUGCAUGCCUGCGCCAGCAGCAUAUCGGGCAGCACCAAACAGUUGAACCUGCAGGAGGAGCAGCAACAGCAGCAGCAGAACGCGGACACUGUCAGUGUGAACAACUCGUUCAACAAGAAGCAUAUUUAUCAACUAGGUUCCUCGGAAACCAUUAACAACUGUGAUACGCUGCAGGAACGUCAGGAGCGUCGUCAGCGUCAGAUCAGGCGGCAAGUCGACUGGCAAUGGUUGAACGCCUGCCUGGGCGUGGUGGAGAAUAACUACAGUGCCGUGGAGGCUUAUUUGUCAUGUGGGGGUAAUCCGGCGCGUUCGUUGACCAGCAAUGAAAUUGCAGCACUAAAUCGUAACUCGGCCUUCGAUGUGGGCCACACGCUCAUCCACUUGGCAAUACGUUUUCAUCGCGAAGAGAUGCUACCAAUGCUAUUGGCACAGAUCUCUGGCUCUGGUCCGGGCAUUAAGCGCGUUCCCUCAUAUGUGGCUCCCGAUUUGGCAGCGGAUAUACGUCGUCAUUUUUCUAAUACACUGCGCAUACGGAAAUCCGGCCUACCCUGUCACUAUGUGCAGAAACAUGCAACUUUUGCGCUGCCCUCGGAAAUAGAGGAGCUGCCGAUACCCAUCCAGGAGCAAUUGUACGAUGAGCUGUUGGAUCGUGAUGCACAGAAACAGCUGGAAAUGCCACCGCCGGCCCUUAACUGGUCGCUGGAGAUUACGGCACGUCUAAGCUCUCGUCUUCUUGUGCUGUGGAAUCGCAGUGCUGGCGAUUGCCUGCUGGAUUCAGCUAUGCAAGCCACUUGGGGAGUGUUUGAUCGUGACAACAUCCUAAGGCGUGCUCUGGCCGAUACUUUGCAUCAGUGCGGACAUGUUUUCUUUACACGUUGGAAGGAAUAUGAAAUGCUGCAAGCGUCUAUGUUACACUUUACACUGGAGGAUUCACAGUGGGAGGAGGACUGGAGCACACUGUUAUCUUUAGCAAGUCAACCGGGUUCCUCCUUAGAGCAGUUGCACAUUUUUGCUUUGGCCCACAUACUACGACGUCCAAUCAUCGUCUAUGGCGUCAAAUACGUAAAGAGCUUUCGGGGCGAGGACAUUGGCUAUGCCCGAUUUGAAGGCGUCUAUCUACCUUUAUUCUGGGAACAAAACUUUUGCACCAAAUCACCCAUUGCGCUGGGCUAUACAAGGGGUCACUUCAGCGCUUUAGUACCCAUGGAACCAUUCUCGCGCAUUGAUGGCCGACGGGAUGAUGCCGAGGACGUAACCUAUCUACCACUGAUGGACUGCGAGUUGAAACUUUUGCCCAUACACUUCCUUUCGCAGUCCGAGGUGGGUAACGAGGAGACCAUGAUGAGGCAGUGGUUGGAUGUCUGUGUCACCGAUGGAGGUCUGCUGGUGGCCCAGCAAAAGCUGUCUAAGCGCCCACUUCUCGUAGCACAAAUGCUGGAGGAGUGGCUAAACCAUUAUAGACGCAUUGCACAAGUGAUAACAGCGCCAUUUGUACGUCGACCACAUAUUACCCAUUAUUCGAGUGAUGGUGACUCGGAUGAGGAGUAGCACACAACGCCUGCUCGACAAAAUUAACAGGUCAAAGGUCUUCUUAACGCAAUUUCGCUUGGUUAAUGGAUUGAAUUUGGUUAUGAAGCCUAUAUAUUAUUCAAAUUUUAUAUUUAAUUUGGUAGCAGGCAACAGUUGAAAACGGUUGAUUUAAAUGCGAUAGCAGCUCCUAUGCACAUUCAGUUAGCUAAUGGAAUCUAUAGAGAAACAUAAAAUACAUGUAUAUGUAUGUACACAUAUAUAGCAAUUAUUAAGUUGUAGUUGCAGGCAAACUAAAGGUUAAGCAGCAAAGUACUAAAAUACAUAAAUUGAUAUACAUACACAUAUAUUUCAUACAUAUGUUUCCACAAAAAACUUAAGUGGAUUUUAGUCAAAUUUAUUCGCCGUGGGUCAACGAGUCAUUGUCAACAAUAAGAAAUCAUAAUUCAAUAUUAUACAGUAGUAAAUUAAAUUUUCAAAAACAAUCUUUUUAAGUCAAUGCUUGGCCGAAGCGCGAAUUAAAAUUGAAAACAGAGUAAAACAUUAAAUAUAUAUAUAAAUAUAUGUAUAUGAUCCUUAUAAUUAUCUAAGUAUGUAUGUACUUUUAAACUAUGCAAAAAAUCUCGAUGUACUAUUAAAUUUUAACUUGUGAAAAACACCAUGUGGGUGAAUAAUUAUGAAUUUUAUUCUAAUUGUAAUAGUUUUGUUAGUAAUGUUAUUAUUAUUAUUAUUCUAAUGUCUAAGAAAGCUUAUUGUGCAAAUGUACACGCAAAACGCAUUAAAAACAAAAUAAAACAUAUAAGAAACAAAA